AGGUGAAAGAAACCGAAUGAAAGUUCGCUUUCCGCCACAUGUCCGCCAUAUCUACUACAUUUUCUUCUAAUACUGACGUUCAUUAUUAUUUCGUAUUAGAUAGAAGUGUUGUGUAAUAUUUUGUUGUUAAUUUAAUUAAUUUUUAGUUUAUAAUAGUCACGACCCUGGCUGCACGAAUUGAGGAUGGAGUCGCCGAGAAAAUUUAAUGACUGUUACUUUUAUUAUUAUUCUACUUGCACUAAGGGUGACAACUGUGUCUUUCGCCAUGAGCCUUCGGCCCUUGGCUGCGAAACAAUGUGCACAGCUUGGCAGCAGGGCAAGUGUCUAGAUAAACACUGUAAACUCCGUCACAUGGAACUAAGGAAAAAUCGUAAGCAAAUUCCCUGUUACUGGGAGAACCAGCCAGGAGGCUGUCGCAAGAAACACUGCCCAUUUAUGCACAAGAACCCAGAUGCUCGCACUGAUGGCAUAGCUCCAAGCCAGCCAGCACCUGUUGCUACCAGCCCAGCCACCAGCAGCAUACCAGAAGCGAGUGCAGAGCAGGCCCUCACUGGUGUGCCAACACCCAAUGUGCCUCCUCCAGCUGCCGUACCUUUGUUGUGGCAGCAGCAACGCCAAGUGGUGCUCGACUCGGCGAUCCUGGGCGUGCUGCCCGCGUCCAGCGAGCUGCUGGCCGGGCGGCGCGUGGUGGCGCACGCGCACGCGCACGCACACACGCACGCACAUGCGCACCCGCACGCGCACGCGCACGCGCACGAGCCGUACGCGCCGCACGCGCCGCUGCCCGUCGAUCCACUCGUCGUCAACUUCGAGGAAGAGUCGGACAACGAGAGCGCACCUUCCUCCACCCCCACUAAGGGCGAAUUCCCCGACGACCCCGCCCGCAUCGCGCGCUCCAAGUCCCAGGAACUGCUGCUGCUGGAGAAGAUACAGGCCGAAGCUGCCGCCUUCUACAACUACGACGCCCUUCCUCCGGCCGAGCCGCCCAAAGAACGCAAAAUUGUCCGCACCAACCUCACCAACAAAUACGAUAAACUCACUCUAGACGAGAUCGCAGGUAAGAAGCCGGCCGGGGAGCGGAGGAACUCGUUGGACUUCAAAGUUCUGUCUCUAGACGAAAUUAGGGCUAGGAAGAAAGUCUCCGAAACCGUUAUACACACGACGCCAAUUACGCUAAAUUUAAGCAGGAAGAGAAAAUUGUCAACGCACGAGACUAUAACGACGUCGGGCAAUAAAAUAAUAAAAGUAGUUAGGAGCAAUUCUAUUGUUUAUAAGAAGGUAGACAAGAAUGCGCCCGCGCAACCGUGUCAAGCUAAAUCGGAUAAUAAGAAGAUGGAUGAUGUUAACAGUAGGAAGAGAACGUUAUCGGAACAGAGUGAUGUCUAUGAGAUGCAAGAGGACGAGUUGGUCGAUAAUUGUUAUGAGUUUAAAAGGAUCAAAAUCGGAGAACACACGUCCAAGCCCCGUCUCAUUAGAAGUCGCAGCACAAAUAAAUCAAUCAGCGAAAGUAAAGACGAUGACUAUUGUAAAACAGAUCAAGACUCGGACACAGAUGUACAAUUCGUUAGCAUGGAGCUAACUGAUAAAUGUUUUGAUGAUAAAAACUCCGACAGUGAUAUAAUAGACGUGGAAUCUACUAGGAUGGGAGAACCGGUCGACGUGGUGGAUCUAUGUGAUGAACAGGAAGACAGUGAGAUAACGAUCGCUGAUUUGGACCUAGAUUUAGUUAAGAAUGUUCCAGACGUUGUAGCCAGUUGUCAUAAGAAUUUAAGCAAAACUGACGAUGAUAAGGAUAUCUUAAACGAUAUAGAUGCUAUACUCAAUGAUGAUUUAUGAUGGUAGAUUAAUUGUAGGACUUGACUCAAUAUAGGUUUUAAAGAGUGACUUGUACUAGUUCAAACUGUAAAUUAUUUCAAUUAUCAGCGCCUUAUAAUAUAUUUGAAGCAAUUUGGUAAUAUUUAUUUUACCAAAAAACAGGUUGUUAGUGAAAUUACGUAACUACAUUACGUAGAAAAUAUUUUAGUGUUUCUAAAAUUGUAUUAAAUAUUUUGUUGUUAUUAUUGUUGAAUGGAAGACAUCUUUCGAAACUGAACGAUAUUCAUUUAAGAGAUUUCAUGAUUAGUAUUUAUUAUUAUGUUUCGAAUAUAAGCACAUUUAUUACGUAGGUAGAGUAAUUAGUUUCAAAAAAUGUACUUGUCUUUUCAAUACUUCGAGAGCUUUUUUCCGAGUGAUUUUUGACAACUUGUAUAACUCGAACAUUUUGAUCUCAUUUCUGCGCUCUCGUGCUCCAUAGAAGUUAUAUUUUUCUACUUUCUCCAUAAUUUGGUAAAACUUUUUUUUUGUAUAAUUUCAUAGAAAAUGUAUAUGGUGGUACAUUUUUAGCUAUGGAAGAGGCAGAUCAGUGCAAAGAUCCCCGACCAAGCAGAUGGCCACACUGGUGGUCUGAAGAACUGACAAUACUACGUAAAGCAUAUAUAAGAGCUAGGCGAACAUACACAAGGCUGCGUAGACGCAGGCGUCGUGAUGAAGAACUGGAGAAUCAGAGAUAUGCGCAAUAUCGCGCCGCAGUAACUGCGUAUAAAAUAGCUAAAGAAAAGGCGAAAGAAGAAAAGGAUUUCGUUUUAGAAAACAAUGGGGGCCAUAUUAUUAAAAUUUGUUAAUACUUCGUACGGAAUAAAUCUGUCUCUUCCAUAUUUAAAAAUACCAAAUGUGUCUUACGAAGUUAACAAAGUUGUAUGUUAUGUAAUUUAUUUGUUUCUGUUAUGUAUUUAUGUUAUCUGAAAGUGUGUAUUUUCCUAAUGAGUAAUUACUUUUCAAAAAAUAAAACUUUGAAA